AUGGCCUCAGAAGAAGAAGAAGAGGAAACAAGCCGAGAAUCACCAUCAAGCCUCAACGAAGCCAUGCUUGAACAGAUCAAGAAGAUGAUGAUUGAGGAGUUUGAUCGGAGAGAAAAGAUUAAAGAAGGAAAGCGGAAGCAACCUAAGGAUCCGGUCACAUCUAAGAAGAAGCCGAUUGAGGAUCUUAGUGGUUACAUGAUGAUUCCGCCAUUCCAUGGGAACAAUGAUCCGGAUGUAUAUCUGGAUUGGGAGAGGAAGUGCGAGAUUACCUUCAACCGACAUAACAUAGCUGACAUCAACCGAGUAAAACUAGCAGCUAUGGAGUUCAAGUAUUAUGCUCUAAGUUGGUGGAAACAGGUUGAGACGGCACGAGCUUAUAGUGGAGCUUAUGAGAUCUCUACUUGGGGAGAAAUGAAAAGGGUUAUGAGGCAGCGGUUCGUUCCCAUUCACUAUCAGCGUGAGCUGCACUCUAAACUCAGGAAGCUCACUCAAGAAUCCAAAACCGUUGAAGAAUACUUCCAGGAGAUGGAGGUUAUGAUGUUGAGAGCUAAUGUGAUUGAGGACAGAGAAGCCACUAUGUCCAGGUUCCUUGGAGGGCUCAACCGCGAAAUACAAGAUGUUGUGGAGAUGCAAAAUUGUGUAGGCUUGGAAGCUAUGCUGCACAAGGCUGUUCUUGCCGAACAACAGCUCAACAGGAAAGGAAAGCUUAAGACAGAGGUGACUCCUACUACCAGGGCUCGUGAGGUCAAGUGUUUCAAGUGUCAAGGGUUUGGUCACUAUGCUACUGAAUGUUCCAACCGCAGAGUUAUGAUCAUCAGCGACAAUGGCGAGAUUGAAUCUGAGGAAGAGCCUACGCCCAAGACUGUUAAGGACACAGAGGAGUAUGAAGCAGUACCAGUUCUUGGUAAGCUCCCUGUGACAAGAACACUUCUCAGUGCUCAAGACCAAACAGAGGAAGAGGAGCAAAGAGAGAAUCUAUUUUAUUUGACAUGCCCUGUUCAAGAUGAAGCCUGUAGUCUGAUCACUCAUGGAGGCAACUAUACAAACGUGGCAAGUGAGACCAUGGUCAAGAAACUUGGGCUUAAGUCUCAGAAGCAUUCUAGCGCCAAUGACCAAGAGCUAGGGCCUGAGCUUGAACCUAAUCAAGAAGCUGAAGACCAUGGAGAGCCAAAACCUAAGCAGCCAAACAAAACAUUGAGCAAUUUGUAUCAAGGUACCAAAGGUGAAUCUGUUCAAACCUCUUCCUGUGAUUUGCAAGAAAUUGUUCAAGUCCCUAGCAAUGAUAAGGUACAUGCUAGACUCCCUCAAAUUGUUUAUAAUGAUUCCAUGAGUUGUAUGAUGCACUUGCUUUUCUCCAAAAGUGUUGAGACAGAUACAGGGUCUAGUGAAGAACAAUGGAAGCAAGCAGAUCUAGAAAAAGAAGCUCAAUCCGACCAGAUUGCACCAAAGUCUAAACCACCAGAUCAACAACUACAAGGACUAAGCACUACAUGCUUCAUGUUGACAGAGUUUAGGGCGGAACCACACAUUCAGCCUGACCCAGGUAAGUGUCUACAACCUUUUUCAAUUAGUAAAACUCAUGAGUUUUCUAAUGUUGCAGGAAGAAUAGGUUUGAAUCUUAAGCUCUCCAACAAAAAGAUCAGAAGUGAAAUCACAAUUUCUGUUGAGAAAGCACCUAAUGAUGAGUUAGACCAUGAGUUCAAUCCAGAACCGAACAACAAGUGGAAGUCAAAAACAGAACAAGGAUACAGUCAAGCCAUGUCUACUGCUAAGCUAAGUGAAAUCUUAAACCAACACAUUCAUCCUGUCUUUUUAACUGUCUUAAUGCACUUGUCUUGGUUUAAAGAAGUUGAGAAAGGUACAGCUGAGCAAGAGAGGCGCCUAGAAGCUCACAAAGCAUUAACUUGUCAUACCAAGAAGGAGUAUGAGCAGCAUGUUCUUGAGCCAAUUGCCGCAGCUGAUUCACUAAUGAGCAUUUUGCAUAACACACAUGUAAGCGAGGACAAACUGAACCAAAAUCAAGAGGAGUGGCUCACAUGUUCCAAUCCAAUUCCAGAGAAACCACCAGACUCUUAUCUGCGAUAUCCAAAGAAGAAAACCCAAGGUCAACUAGUUUUGAGGACAAAACUUUUUCAAGAGGGAGGGGAUGAUAUGAUCAUGCCCAGCACUGGAGACAUGGAACUUGAAGCUGAGCUUGAACCUGAUGGAGCUAAACAUGUGGAGCUGGAACCUGAUGGAAUUAAAGACAUAAAGCUUGAGGUUGAGGAGAAACUUGAUGUCAUGGACAAACUUGUUGCCAACUAG